AUGACUUCUUGUUAUCUAAAUAAAGGGCUAUUAUCAGCCCUGAUAAAGUUGUGUGUAUUUUACACAUUUUUGUCGAUAGGUGGAUUCGUAAAAAUAAACGUAUUUAAUGACAAUUCACUUUUCGCAGAAGCUCUCGUUACUGGAAAUGUAACAGUGUGCGUGAAAAACAGUAAAGCACUAUUUGAUGAAAAAACAUGUAAAAAUAGGCUCCAUACAAAUAUUGAUUUGUUCCAUGGAGAUAAAUACUACCACUACAUCUUCAGAAGAAAAGAUGAUCCAACCAAGGGUUUAUAUAUAAUUGCUAGAACAUCAAACACCAGUGUUCGGUAUAGGCUCGAUUAUAAAAUAAGUGUACCAUACUUUUACCGAGAAUACACCGAAGGGAAAACCUAUGGAGAAGUUUCGUACGAUCCAGAAAGUUUUUGUCAAAUAGGUUUCCAUUCUAAUUGUACAACAAGCGCUAAACUCCCUCCAGGUUUUGCCACAAUACCAUCUUUUUGUUGUAUUUGUGACAUUAAUGUUGACGGUGAAACCAAUAGGGCAAGAUAUAACUGUGACAGACACAGAGACAGUAUUGCAAUGACUUACUCAUGCUUAGAAGUAAUGGAACCAUGGUAUAACUUGUAUAUGAUGUCGUAUCCGCCAGACUUGUUAAGGAAUACAGUGUUUAGCAUUUAUAAGUUUGACAAAUCCAAUGGAAUAAUUCCAGACCUAAAUUUGGAUAAAGAUGGAUAUUUUGACAAUUAUGACUUCAAAAAUCGUAAAAAUUUGGACCCAUCAUUUAAGGCAGAAAAGGAUAAGGUUCGCCCUGAGGUUAAAAGGACGUCUGAGCAUAACAAGAUCGUUGCCAAUUACAGGAACAUUAUAAUUGAUUCAACUUCAAAGGAAGUGGCAAUAGAUGAUUUGGAUAUAACCAUUUCUUUGUUGUCAAGUAAUACUAAAAACGGAUCAGCUCCGCCAAUGCUUGAUAAAUAUGUUGCGGUGCCAUCUUUUCCGAGAACAAAUGAAACAGUUAAAGGAUCAUCAUUGAUCGACAAAUGUAUGGAUGGUACUUGGCCAAAGUCACUCAAAUGCCCAAAAUAUAUGCCACAGAAAAUUUGUAACUAUUGGAGGUGUACGUUGAACAUGAGAACAAUAGAAAGGGACGCAGUUGACACUGGAGGAAGUCAAUGUAACAAAAUAGGAUAUUCCUAUACGGCUCAUGACGACCACUGGAAUCUUUGUCAAAUGAGAGCUUCUUCAUGCAUAAAUCGUCAAUUAAAGUGGUAUUUAGAUGAGAAGAAAGACCAGGCGAAGAUGCCAAAUUUCUAUGGCGUAGAGCCGGCGAUAACUAUAGAUACCACUCAAGUGCCCAGAUCAGAGGACCCUGAGAAGAAAAGAACAACUUGGUUUCAAGAGGACAGAAUCCAUUACAUCAAUUACGUACACAGCGAAGACGAUGUUUCCAGAUAUAAGAUUGACACAUUUGAAGCGAGCAUAACAGAAAUCAUUGCAGACUUCCCAGGAUUCAUUUUAUCAACAAAGAUUGAUAAGGAGUGUAAACUAAACUCCCCUGAUAUAUGUACUCUUCAAGUGGAUGUCAAGAACAUGGGUACAUUUAAACUAAUGAUAUAUUUAACAGGUGUAAACACAUCACACUUUACCAUUAAUGCUCUCUGUUAUGCCGAUGAAACGAGUAAGGCCAAGGAAAAUGUGAUUGCAGAAAUUGAUGAAACAACCUUAAAUAUAAAGGGGAACACUAAUAAGUUGUUCAAUAUUCCAAUUAAACUCUCUGGUCCACUUUCGUCAGAGAAGUCAUACUGCUUUGUAAACCUUCUAUCAGGCACCAAAAAGCAUCUCGACGCAGCAACUACUUCAAUAAAAAUUAAGAAGGUCAAACCUGUAGUUGGAAUGGAUCCAAAGUAUAUAAAUCCAGACGUGCACACAGUAUCUAUAAAUGUUGUACCGAAACAGGGAUACGUUGAAAAGAGUCCUCCUGAGCCCUCAGAAAAGAAGAGUUCAUCGACCACCAAGGAGAAGGAGUGUACCUGUGCAACAUGGAAUAUAUUUUGCAUGUUAUUCAACUUUAAAACUUGCGUCAUUGCCAAAGUGAGUAAGGUCUUUACCUACAUAAUGAUUGGUCUGGGAAUAUUUCUGUUUAUAAUUUUGCUGCCGGUUAUUAUUCCGCUAUUCGGAGGUCUGAUUAAUUUGAUUGUUAAGCUCUGCAAGAUGCCUUAUAAUGCAAUGGAGAGGAGAAGGUUGGAAAAGAUGAAUACUAAAGUUAGCUAUGUUAAUCCAGCGGACAUGAGGAAAGAGGAUUUGAACGAUAUGAAACUAGCUGAAAACACGGCAUCGCUUCCGGGGAUUAACGUAAACUUGAAUUUAAGUGAUGUCAAAGAACAAUCUCGCCGAUAUAAGCCUUAUGAAGACCCAAACAUCUCCGUCCAAGGGCAAUCUUUAGUAGAAUCAAUUGAAUCUAUUGCUUCUAUACAUAACAAAAAUGGCAAAUCAGGCCAUGACCAGCUUUAA